UUGUUCCCGGAAGAGGCAAUGAGGGGCCGCAUCCUGAGGGCUUGGCGGGGCGGGUGGAGCUGCGGUCGGGGCCGGGCGACGGUGGCCGGCGAGGCUCAGAGGCGGGAGAAGCCCCCUUGGAGGGUCUUGUUCUUCGGCACCGACAACUUCGCGGCCGAGACUCUGGGAGCGCUGCGGGCUGCUCGAGAGCUGGGACCAGAUCCACUUGUAAAUCGGCUGGAGGUGGUGACCUUGCAGUCUCAGCUGCCUAAGGGCCACGCUGUCAAGAACUACGCAGAGCAGUUUCAGCUCCCCAUCCGCCUGUGGCCAGAUAUAGGGCCAUGUGAUGACUUUGAUGUUGGUGUGGUGGCUUCAUUUGGGCGUCUGCUGAGUGAGGACCUCAUCCUGAAAUUCCCAUAUGGCAUGCUGAAUGUCCAUCCCAGCUGCCUUCCACGGUGGCGUGGCCCUGCACCAAUAAUCCACACAGUGCUCCAUGGCGAUAGAGUUACUGGGGUGACAGUUAUGCAGAUUAAACCGAAAAGGUUCGAUGUAGGUCCAGUCGUCAAACAGGAAACCUUUGAUGUCCCGGCUGGCUGUUCAGCAAAAGAGCUGGAGCUGCUGUUGUCUAAAGUGGGUGCAAACAUGCUCAUUGCUGUGCUGCAAAAUUUACCGGAAUGCUUACGGAACAAGAAAGAACAACCAAAGGAAGGAAUGACAUUUGCUCCUAAGGUCACCGUUUCAAUGAGUUUUGUCCAGUGGGAAGAGCAGACCUCUGAGCAAGUCCUGCAGCUGCAUCGAGCCUUGGGAGCAACGAUGCCUCUGCAAACACUUUGGAUGGGCACCGUUAUCAAAUUGUUGGAUAUUGAGGACAUGGACGCAGUCAAUGGCCUUCCCGAUAGGUUAGCAACUGAACAUGGAACAGCCCCUGGAUCGGUAGUCUACCAUAAGCAGUUGCAGACGUUGAUGGUUCGUUGCAAGGAAGGCUGGGUUGGUGUCAAAGCCGUUAUACUGAAGAAGAAGCUGACAGCCGCCGACUUCUACAAUGGCUAUUUGCAUCCAUGGUUUCAGCAGAAUUCAGCAGAACUCUGGAUGCCUCCCAGAGAGUGCAGGUUCCAAACGCUCAAGCUUCCCACGGCGAAAAAGAGUCCAAAAGGAACAGGACUCUGUGUGCAUAACAGACAGCAGUGAUAUGGCAGGGCUUCCUGUGUUAGAAAACCUAGGUGCUUAUUGGCGCUGGAAUUUUUCCUGUUGGAUCCACACAUGAAAUUUGAUGGUCUGCGCAGACAUCCAGCAUGAUUGAGAACUGUAACGGGAAGGAUGGAAGGAGCAAAAGUCUGGCAGAGGUGGUGCAGUUACACAAUUGCGAUGGGUCUCCCAAAGAAAUUCAGACUACCAGAGAACAUUGAAUGGUGUACUUCAGUGCUUGGAAAUUGACCAGCUUUUCAGUUUUCCAAGAGGGGUUUACUAGGAACCUGAUCUUGACGGUGAGGAAAUGGUUUGUUUUGUUGUACUAAAGUGCAGGAUUGCAAAGUCACUAAUGCAGCAAUUGCGGCCUUAUUGUAUUAAUGAACAAUAAAUUAUUUUUG